AUGUAUUUACUUGAACAACGUUUGGAUCAGGAAAGAAAACAAGGAAUUGAAGGCCAAACUAUUUGGGGAGUAACCGAAUUUUUUGAUUGGACUGAAGAGGAAAUAGCAAAAUUAUUAAUUACACAUAAUUAUAAUGAACAAAUAAAAGUGAGACAAUUGAACAAAGUUAUUAAAGUUGAAACAAAACAAGGAUAUGUACGUCCAAAACAAUGGGACUGGCGAGAAAAAGGUGUUGUUACACACGUUAAAAACCAAUGUGAGUUAGAAAAACUAAUAGAAAAAGUUGAUAUUUUAGUAAAUUGUGGCUCAUGUUGGGCUUUUUCUGUUGUUGGAAUGGUCGAAACAAUGCAUGCUAUUCAAAAUGGAACACUUGUUAGACUUUCAGAACAACAAUUAAUUGAUUGUGAUUCGGCUGAAAAUGGAUGUGAGGGUGGUUUCCGUCCUUAUGCAUUACGUUAUAUUCGAGAUAAAGGUCUUCUCUCAGAAAAUGCCUAUCCAUAUCGUGGUAAUGAUGGAAAAUGCCAACUUCCUUCUGGUCCAAUAGAUCCAACUCAACGCGUUUUUAUCGAUGAAUGGCGUUCUUUGCCUUCAAAUGAGGAUCAAAUUGCUGAUUGGAUUGCCACAAACGGGCCUGUUACUUUUGGAAUGAAUGCAACUAAAAGCAUGUAUCAUUAUAAAGGAGGAAUUUUUUCACCAAGUUCAGAAGAGUGUAACUACGAAUCUUUAGGAUCUCACUCAAUGGAGGUUAUAGGAUAUGGAGUAAAUGACAAAGACAUUCCUUAUUGGAUUUUAAAAAAUAGUUGGGGAAGUGGUUAUGGAGUUAAUGGAGGAUAUUUGCAUAUGAGAAGGUAG